AUGAUAAACGCUCAUAUUUGGAAACGGAAACCCCCCAGAAUAGCACAAAAAUCACUCUGGCGCCCGUUUACAAAAGGGGGUCUGGGUGUUCCCAAUGUUAACCUUUACUACAAGGCGUCAUUGCUGGCCCAAGGCCUGACGAUCCUUGAACGCCCUUCUCCCCCGGUGUGGCUGGCGUUGGAAAACGCCUGCACAGCCAACGGUUCAAUUCCCUUAUCUCUAUGGGCAGGGUCAAAACUCCCCAUAACCAAAACCAAAUCCUUGCUACCCACAACAGUCUCGCUCCUCCAUAACUGGAAGCGAUCCACAUCAUUAUUCCUCCGAAGCAACGACCUGCUCCUCGCAGCCCCACUGCAGGCCCUGGCUGCGCGUACGCCAGACAUCCAUUUAGACAAUUGGCUUAAACAGGGGAUCUCCCAUGUCCGUUCAUUAAUGACCCCAGAUGGCAUCAAGCCUUUCCCAGAUUUAAUCCGGGAAUUCCAUAUCUCCCCACGAGAACUAUUCUCCUACCUCAGAUUAAAAAAUAUUAUCCAGGAAUGCAGGAUUAACAUGGGGGAACCCGACCACUCAACGCCGUUUAUCCUUAAAUGCAUGGGCAAACUACCGAAAACCAAAGCCUUAUCCUUAUGCUACAACAUGUUAUUGCUCCACAAUAAGCCAUCUAAAACAUCGUACAUGUCCAAAUGGGAAUCAGAUCUAGGAAUGUAUAUCCCAAUAGAAGUGUGGCAUUACGCCCAAAGUUUAACUAAACAGGCUUCCCACAGCCUUAACCAAUGGGAAACAUACUGCAAGCUAACGAUGCGCUGGUAUCUAGUCCCCACCAAAUUGGCCCACAUAUAUCCGGGAGCCGACGAUCGAUGCUGGAGAUGCCACAACUGUGAGGGGUCCCUCCUCCAUAUAUUCUGGUCAUGCACACAUAUUACCUCGCUAUGGCAGGAGAUACAUGCACUUCUAUAUAAAAUUCUGGGUGUAACAGUACCUUUGACGCCAGAAUGCUUCCUUUUACAUAUCUUCCCAGAUACCCUCCCUGUGGAAACGGCUGUAUUCACGAUUCACUGCUUAAUGGCCACCAAAACUGCCAUCGAGCACAGAUGGAAGUCCCCUUUGUCACCAACGCUGCCAGAAAUCUUAGGCAGACUUGACUCAACCCACGCAUACGAACGCAUGGCUAGCCGGCUGACCAGCAGCCAAACUAAAUACAGAUCACGAUGGCAGGUCUGGGUGGACUAUAGGAAGGGCGAGCCUCCCCCUCAGGGCCCGUAA